UUAUUAUUUUCACCUGGAAAAAAACCAUAACCAGAGAGAGAGGAGGAGGAAGAAGGAGGACGAAGAGGAAGAGACCGUAAUAAGCUUUCCAUAUACCGAAGAUUCAGCAAAUGGCAGCCGAGGCCUCGAUCUCGUCCUACCUCCACCACCUCCACGGCCGCCGUAGCAGCCUCCACCCUCCCCUCUCCUCCUUCGACGACCCCUACUGGCCCCACAACCUCCACCCCCACGACCGCCCCUUCCCCCCUUUCGAUCCCUCUCUCCACUGCGACGUCGACGUCGACGGCGACGGCGACGGCGAACCCCUCCACUUCGUUGUCUACGACUCCGAUUCCCCCGAUCCUUUCUCCCGCCGCGAGAGCCAGGCCAGCUUCGUCAUGGAUCUGUUCCACCAGCGCGUCGAGCAGUCCUCCCGCCCCGCUGUCGUCGUCGGCGGAGCACGAUCCUCCGAUUCGGUCUCCGGAUCUAUCGACGAGUCCAGCUUCGGGGUCGUCACCGGCAGCGAUGUGCCCGGGAUGGAUAAUCUGGAGCUGGAUCUUGGUCUAGGGUUUCCAGUGGAGAGCGCCGAAAACGGCAUGUUUGUUGUCGGUAAUUGUGGGGAUGACGAGGGAGACGAUAUGUUCUUCAUCGAGAGGAGGACGGGGAGGGACUCCCAGUCGGAUUCUGUUCGAAUAGCCGGAUCCGACUCGGAAUCGGAGCGUGAUUUCGGCGUAUGUCCCCAUUCGGAUGACGACUUCAGGUUCGAUGAUGAUAAUGUGCAUGGAGAGGAUAACUAUGAUGAUGCGGCCAGCAUCCCUCUUUGUUGGGAUUCUCUUCAGCUGGAGGAUCGCAGGGAGGAGGAGGAGGCAUGUGAGGAAUUCGAGUGGGAGGAGGUUGACGAUCGUGUGGUUGAUGAGAGAGAGGUCUUGAGUUUGUCUGUAGGUGAUGCUGGGUCGGGCUCAGUGUCCGUGUCUUUGAUGCCGGUGAUCGAAGACGAUGUGGAUGAAGUGAGUGUAGAGAGGAUUGGUGGUUUGGGGAAUUUAGAGUGGGAGGUGUUAUGGAAUACGGGCCAUCUGGACCCAAACAACGAGAUGGAAGUUGUGGAAGAAGUAGAACCCUACUUCGAUGACCACGACGACUAUCUUUACACUGCAGAGUACGAUAUGCUGAUCGGGCAAUUCACAGAGGGAGAUAACGCCCUGAUGGGGAAGCCACCGGCUUCGGCUUCGGUGGUCGAGAAUCUCCCUUUGGUGGUCGUGAGUAAGGAGGAUGUGGAGAAAAAUGAGAGCCUUUGUCCCGUCUGCAAGGAUGAGUUCAGUGUUGGAGAGAAGGCGAUGCAGCUGCCCUGUGGGCAUCGUUACCACCCUGAUUGUAUUGUGAUGUGGCUACGGAUAAGGAAUACUUGCCCCGUCUGCCGGUAUGAGUUGCCCACGGAUGAUGCCGACUACGAGAGUAGGAGGACCCAGAGGGCCUGAAAAAAAAGAGUUAUUUUCAAGAUAUAAUUUUUGAAAGAUACUGUUGAGAGCUUAGGUUGUGAAAAUGUAGAUACUGCUGUCGGGUAGAUUCCACCACGUCGGGUAUGAUGAUGACGAGGUGAAUUAUAUUAUCCAUGUUUUGGUGAGAUCACAAGGGUGUUUUAGUCGAUUUCGAUUGCUGGGAUUCUGCUUUUGGUGAUUUUUGUAUAGCUACUAAUAUCAUUGCUUUACCAUCAUCAAUGAAAUAGUUCCUGCAUCUGUUCCCAUUA